UAAAUCGCCUCACUUCUAGUUAGACCCUUCAUCGCUACUCAAUGCACCUCCCUGAGUCUCUUCCCUAUUGGCAAUUCGUAAACUGUCUUCCGUCUUCCUGCUGUUUAUAGGAAUCAAACGUACCAUCCAAUCUUUUUGCCAGGUGGUCCAUAAACUAGAAAAGCCGGCAGCUCUCCAUUCGUUCGUGCUCGAAAAGAGCGCCGAUCAUGUCCCUCGUUACGAAUGGAUGUACCGUGCUGGCCUCUCGUCGCGGUUGACCCGUUGUCAAGAGAGAGAGAGAGAGCCGGGGAUGGGGAGGGCUCCUUGUUGUGCGAAGGUCGGAUUGCACCGGGGUCCUUGGACUCCUAGAGAAGACUCAUUGCUUGUUGACUAUAUUCAAGCACAUGGUGAAGGCCAUUGGAGAUCCCUCCCCAAAAAAGCUGGGCUCCUAAGGUGCGGAAAGAGCUGCCGACUAAGAUGGAUGAAUUACCUGAGACCCGACAUCAAGAGGGGCAACAUAACUCCGGACGAGGACGAUCUGAUCGUCAGAUUGCAUUCCCUUCUCGGCAACCGCUGGUCUCUCAUUGCCGGUAGGCUCCCCGGUCGAACCGAUAACGAGAUCAAGAAUUACUGGAACACCCACCUCAGCAAAAAGCUCCUGACAAGCCAAGACACCCACCCGACGCAUCGUUCACCCGCCAAUAAGAAGAGAAAGACGACUACCAAAUCCACUAAAGAGAGCACCAAGAAAUCAAAGCACAACAAUAAGAAGAGCCCUAAUAAAGCAUCUGUGGAGGCCACAGAGAGGCCCAAAGUUCAUCUUCCCAAGGCCAUUAGGGUUACCGCGUCCUUCUCGUUACCUAGAAACGACAGCUUCGAUUGCAACACUGCGAUUAGCUGGUCCUCCAGUCAAGGAGGGUUACUUGACAGAGAAGUAGCCCAUGUUCCUUGGUCAGGUGAAACUGGUGGGGUAUUUGGCUUCUUCAUCGGUGAUCCGCAAGAUCGUGGUCGACAUGAAUUCUCUAACGGUCAAAAUGACGACAACACUACCAGCGCUCAUCAUCUUGAGCGCCCAUCCGAAGAUGAACCAGCAAAAGAUCAAAAUGGGACGCUCGACAAGCUCUACGAGGAAUAUCUGCAGCUGCUAAGGACAGAAGACGAUCUCGUUCAGCUGGACACUUUUGCUGAGUCGUUGUUGAUGUGAGAGAGAGAGAGAGAGAGAGAGAGAGAGAGAGAGAGAGAGAGAGAGAGAGAGAGAGAGAUGUUUCGAGCCAUGCAGGCCGCGCACGUCAAGAUCAAGUGGGUGUUAAGGUUUCCGAAGUGAUUGUGGUUUUGAAUCGUAGAUUCCACAAAACACGUGCUUACCCUCUAGCCAAACUUGGGGACUUCGGAUGCCUUUAUGAGUUCUCAAAUUAUGAGACCCGGUGCCUCUUGUAGAUUUUCCAUCCCCCCCCUGUACUUUCUAGGGUUUGUUAAAUGUAUAAGAUGAUUGUCCUCGAAGGCUUUUACACUUUUCUCCAAA